UGGAGAUCUCUGAUUUCAUUUUUUUUUAUUUUGACCUUACCUCACAUGCAGUCCUAUGCCUUACGGACUACCCAAAGAUACAGAAUGCUGAGGAAGUUUUCCAUGAUUGGACUGGUGCAUAUCCUGCCCCACGGGGGGGUCAGGUGGUAUUCAAUUGCAAACACCCACGAGGAUUCGCUGACGGCCACGAGGUACACAUGGCCACCUGCGCUUCCAUGCGACCUGAUGCAUGGUGCACCACAUUCACGGACAAACAAGCUAUCACCCUUUGUCCACCUCCACUGUCAUGCUUGAGUGAACACCCAAAAAUGGAGAAUAUGACUAUGAAUGUGACCUACAAAGACUGGGAUGGGAAAUACCCUGCACCUCCAGGAGCAACUGUCAUAUUCAGCUGCCCUGCAAGGUUCAAUGACGGGUCCUUCGAACACAAUGCUACUUGCUCCUUGCUGCGUGAUCAUGUCUGGAACACUUCCUUUCAGGACAAGGAUGUGCGAUGCCCACGGGCUGUUUAUCCUCAAUGCCGCCUUUCGGAGAGUGGGAAGGAGUACAUCGGGACCACAAACGUGACAGAAACGGGGAAAUCAUGCCUCAGGUGGGAUUCCGAGCAAGUGACUUCAUCUUAUGAUUCAUUGGAUGCAGGGUUCACUGAUAUAUUGGCCUACGAGGAGCACUUCCUGAACCAGGACCCGUCCUGGCACAAGAACUUCUGCCGGAACCCGACUACGAUGUCGAGGCCCUGGUGCUUUGUUGACGAUUAUGGUGUGAAGAUGGAGUUUUGCCGUAUUCUCCUUUGCGAUGAUUUGAGUGUGCCGGAAUGCAAGUUGAGCCAGAAGGGAGGGGAAUACGUGGGUGUGAAGAACAGGACCAUUUCAGGUUUCGCUUGCGAACCGUGGUUGGAUCCGGACAGUAAUGGAGUGGACAGAAUGAGUGGGGCCCGUGAAGGGUCGUUCCCAGAUAAAAUCACAGACAGCCACAAGUUCUGUCGCAAUCCUAUUGGGUAUCCAGGUGGUCCUUGGUGCAGCGUCAAAGAUCCCCGAAGACCGACCCUGAACUGGGAGUACUGCGAUGUCCCUUUCUGCGAUUUUUCGGGCGGAAGCAUCGAGUCCAGAGACCAAUAUGAGUCAAAGCCAAGGGAAUGCAUACAAACGGAUGGUGGACGAGAGUACUUAGGGUUGAAGAACAUGACAAUGACGGGGAAGAAGUGCCAGCCCUGGCUGAGCCAAACGCCAAAUGCACAUUCGACCAUCUUGUACCUGCCGGCAUUCCCUGAUCCUGGCAUGGACAGUCAUCACAACUACUGUCGGAAUCCUUAUUAUGAGAAGUCGGGUCCCUGGUGCUACAACGGGGAGAGCACCGAUCCUAAUUGGGAAUAUUGUGACAUUCAGCUUUGCUAG